UGAAAUCCCUACCCGGAGGUAGGGGCUUGUGUGCGAGGGGAGCGCGUGUUGUGUGUAGCAGAGAUGAAAGUGAGAGAAUCUGAAAACUGAAACUGAUUAAGACGCUAAUUAAUGUGAUUAAUUAACAGAGUCCGGAGUCUCCGCUCCUCCGCUGAGCGGUGAGUACAGAGCGAGGAUUAAAACCCGGAGCGGAAUGAAGGAAACGGCGAGCUGGAUCUGCUGUAGCUGUGACUGUAGCGGUGAGGAGAGGAUGGAGGCGGCGAGUCUGGAGCGUCUGGAGCUUCUCUACCGCAGUGAGGAUUAUCUGGUGGUGAACAAACACUGGGACAUUCGCAUAGAUGGGAAGUUCUGGGCCGAAGAGCGCACGGUGCAGAAACAGCUCCAGCACCAUUUCCCCCAGCUCGCGGACCCCGCCACCUACUACGGCUUCAGGUUUUGUCAUCAGCUGGAUUUCUCCACCAGUGGAGCUCUGUGUGUGGCUCUGAGUAAAGCUGCGGCGGGCCGAGCGUAUCACUGCUUCAAAAACAGACUCGUCACCAAGGCCUACCUCGCUCUGGUUCGAGGCUCCGUGGUCGAUGAGAAAAUGACGAUUGAUCGCGCGAUCGGGAAGAGCAGCGUGGAGGGAAAGACUCACAUGAUGUGUGUGGAGGGGACAGACGGAUGUGAGAACCCCAAACCCAGCCUGACGGAGUUGACGGUGUUGGAGUUCGGAGUUUACGAUGGAGAUCCGGUCACUAAAGUUCUCCUCCAGCCUUGGACAGGACGAACCCAUCAGCUCCGUGUCCACUGCACCUCCAUUGGUCACCCCAUAGUGGGCGACUACACCUACAGCCUGGGCUCGGACAGCAGCCCGUACCGCAUGAUGCUCCACGCGUACCUGCUGCGCAUCCCUCUGGAAGGCGAACCCCUCCAGGUCACGGCCCCGGACCCCUUCCUGCCCAGCGUCGACCCCAAAUGGACCCCGCAGAGACGGGUGAGGACUGUGGAGAGCGUGGUGGAGGACAUUUUAGCGAGGCCGCUAGCCGAGGAGGCCGAGAGCUCAGAGGAUCGUUCGGGGGAGGAGAGAAUCAGACCAGAGGAGACCGAGGAGACGAAGGUCCAGUGCCAGCAGUGGCUCUCAGAGUGGCCUGUGGACUGAGGAUCCAGCGAUGUUCAUAUCAUAGUCAUAUUUAUAUUAUCAUACCUGCUUACAGCAGAAUCGUAAGUUUGGAGAUUUGGCGCCCUCUGUGGUGGAAAUAUGGAAUUGCAAGGAACUUGUGUAAGAACAGUGUCGUAGCAUCGGUUAACAGCGUUGAAUGUGUCCUGCAGGGCUAUUUCAGCUUUUAACUUCAUAUAUACACAGAUUUGUGACUCCAGACAUACGUGCAUUCAUGUGAUCCUGCUGGUGUGGGUUUCCUCCCUUUCAGUAAUGCACACAAAAGCUGCGAGUGCUGAUAGCGCCCCCAUGUGGAGGUGCAGCCUGUUAAAUGUGAGGGAAUGUUUAAUAGCUAGCUAGUAGGUUUGUUUCUCUGUACUUAACUAAGUGGCCAGCUACUUAGCUUGGAAGCUAGCUAGCUGGUUUUUGCUGGUAGCUGGACUAAAUGAAAGCAUGCACUCUAGUGGUCAACCAGUUGGUUCAGCUGAUAAACCAGUUUAGCUGGUGAAUUAGCAUAGGCUGUGUUUUGAUUUGUGUUUGAUGGUUUAGCUGGUCUACUAGCUUGACUAAGUUUGGUGACGGUGGUCAUGCUGGUACACCAGCUUCCCUCCAACCCGGUUGAAAACGUGCUGUAUGCUUUAUGCUUAACCAGCUUUACCUGGCCGAGCUGUAUUUUCAGGACCAGUUUGUUAUUUAGUUUCAGGUCCAUGAAGUGCUUUAUAUCUAAAAACAGCACAGAGUAUUGCAGCUACGUAGCAGCUAGAUUGCUAACUUCAGCUUAAACUCAGCUCUGCUGAUGUUGAGCUCGUGCAGACAGAGCCUCAAAUCUGGACGACAGCACAAUUAGAGCUGGGCGAUACGGCAAACUGUCACAUCGCAAUACUUCAGGACGUUUUUGCGAUGCGUAUCGUCACUGUCCAAAGAAAAACAAGCAUCUCCAGAACACUAACUUUACAGGAGAAGCCAAAAACGUUCUUUACUUUGAGUAAGUGUUCUAAUAAAUAACCACAGACUGUAAAUGAUGCUGAUACUGUUAUUUAUUUAUUUGAAAAAGGAAAAUGGAAAAAGAUUUUAUUCUAAGCAAUUUUUGAACAUUUCUAUCGGUCCAAUCAUCAUGACGUUUUCACAGUGUGAAGGACGGCUGCUGAGCUCAAAUGAUGCAGAAAAGUAAAAAUCCCAGAAAAUGGAGAUACGUUUUUUAUUGGACAGCGACGAUAUGACAUCUGAUCAGCUGAAACAGAUGAAGUAGCGCCAUGUUUUAUAAACGAUAUCAUAAACUAUAAACACAAUUACUGUUUAACAUUUCACACUCUGAGCUGCACUGAAUCCGAUCGAACAGGACUGACGGCUCUUUACAAUCAAAAGAAGAGCAUAUUGUGACACAUUGUGAUGUGAUGAUAAUGAUGGUCAUAUUGCCCAGCUCAGAAUAUUUAGACCCAGUCUGAUGUGUGGAGGUCAGAUUGAGUCCCUGUUAAAGCUCAUCUAUACUCAGUAGGGCUGCAGCUAACGAUUAUUUUCAUUGUCGAUUAAUCUGGCGAUUCUUUUCUCGAUUAAUCGAUUAGUCGUUUGGUCUAUAAAAUGUCAGAAAAUGGUGAACAAUGGCAGUCAGUGUUUUCCAAAGCCCGAGGAUGACCUCAAAUGUCUUUUAUUUUGUCCACUCAGUUUGGUGUCACAGAGGAGUAAAGAAACCACAAAAUAUUCAAAUUUAAGAAGCAGGAAUCAGAGAAAUCUUAGUUUUUUUUUUUUUUUUUAAAUCACUCAAACCGAUUAAUUGAUCACCAGAAUAGUUGGCGAUUAAUUCAAUAAUCGACAAUUAAACAAUGAAUCGAUUAAUUGUUGCAGCUCUAAUACUGAGUUGAAGUGGAUUCAUGAACUGCUGGUCUGAUCUGAUCACAGCUAAUCGGCCACUCUGUCCCGUCAACUUUACGGCCAUAGUUCACCGAAAAAGCCCAGAUGUUUAUAAACUAGACACGCCUAUAAAGCAUCACAUGCACUGAAGUAUGUUAGCAUACAAACCUAAAGAACAUGGUUCUUCAAGGGCUCUUUAGUACAUGGUUGUACAUAGAACCAUGAAGACUCAAAGAACCCUUUACAUUAUUCUUUUCUUCAUGAAAUGGU